AGCUAAGUAGCUUCGCAGUGGCAUUUUCGUUGUUUUGGCGGCGGCCAGGAGCAGCCGAAAACCCUUACUGGAUCUUCCGCCACGCGAGCUGUUUCGCUAAUGGACUACGCCACUCUACCCGCGUCGAUCUCUCUUCUCUUCUCGCAAUGGUUGUAAUGCUGGAUCAUAUCAAUCGCUUUAUCGAGCUUUUCUUCUGAUGAAAAGCUGCUCUGAUGAAAUCGUUCUCCGCCUCUUCCCUUUGCGGGAUUCCGAGAAGAAGCUGUCGAACCCGAUGAGGGAGAUCAAGGUCCAGAAGCUCGUCCUCAACAUCUCCGUUGCCGAGAGUGGCGAUCGUCUCACGAGGGCCGCUAAGGUUUUGGAGCAGCUAAGUGGACAGACACCAGUGUUCUCAAAGGGUACUUUUAUUGUUCUAAGGUAUACUGUCCGGUCAUUUGGAAUCAGGCGUAAUGAGAAGAUCGCGUGCUAUGUAACAGUAAGAGGUGACAAGGCAAUGCAACUUCUAGAAAGUAGACUAAAAGUUAAGGAAUACGAGCUGUCAAGGAGAAACUUCAGUGACACUGGUUGCUUUGGAUUUGGCAUACAAGAGCAUAUUGAUCUUGGAAUUAAGUAUGAUCCCUCAACUGGUAUCUAUGGUAUGGAUUUCUAUGUUGUAUUGGAGCGUGCUGGCUAUCGUGUGAGUCGUCGCCGUCGAUGCAAGUCACGAGUUGGCAUUCAGAACCGUGUCGCCAAGGAGGAUGCAAUGAAGUGGUUCCAAGUCAAAUAUGAGGGUGUCAUCCUCAACAAGUCUCAGGCAACUACGGGUUCUUAAGGUCCGGUACAACUGGACCAUGAAAAUUGUUCUGCAGCUAAAUUAGCUCUUUUCUCUUUUUUUUCUUUCAAUCAUCAGUGUUUCUUUUGAAAACUCUGCUACUUUUCCAACUUUGUGUCCCAGAGAUUUGUGUUCUGUUCCUAUCAUGAAUCCACGGCCUUCGCCUCUCCCGGCCAAAGACAGUAGCCAUUAAAAUUUUCUAA